AUGGGCGGCAACAUGAUGACACCUCCUCUGGAGCCAUCAUCGCCGCUUGACGGUGGCAUUCGCAAACGUGUGUGUAAAGCUUGCGACAGAUGUCGACUCAAGAAGUCAAAGUGCGACGGCGCAAGUCCAUGCAGUCGGUGUAAGGCUGAUAAUGCGAUAUGCGUGUUCGGCGAGCGCAAAAAGUCACACGACAAGGUGUAUCCGAAGGGGUAUGUCGAGAUGCUCGAGAACCAACAGACCCAGCUUGUGGCUGGCCUCCAAGAACUUUAUAAGCGGUUACAGAACGGGCAAGGGUGGUCAGGAACACCUCUGAAAGAGACGGGAUCCGGCGUGCCCUUGACGCACGACAUACUUGAACGUCUGGGCGCACUUAAACAAGAUGGACAUCAUGGGUCUGAUCUGUUCGAGGAGGACCUCAAUCUUCUGCAACAAAGACUCAUCGCCAAUGGCGCGGCAAUGAUGCAGCGUGAAGGAUCACACGACGGCAGUUCCGAAAGCGCGCCCUCACCGGCCUCGAUGCAUUUCCAAAUACCUUUCUCAUCACAACAAUUCCCGCCCACACCACCAAAUCAGAGUCCUUAUCCUCAACAAGUUCGCGCAGUCAUGCCACCGAAGUCAAACACUUACCCCCAACCCGGCGCUAUGCCGCACUCAAAUCUGAGCUGGUCGGCAUCGGUGCCAGAGUACGAGGAAGGCAUGGAUUUCAUAAACCACUACGAUUCACCAAUGAUGGACAGCGCCAUGAACUUUAGUCAAUUCACGCCACAGAUGAUGCAGGAUCAGGCAGCCAUAAAUCCGUUCUUCACGAUGAAGGACUGGCCCGCGCACGAAGAAAUGCAACGAUUUGUCAAUCCCGCGAUGAUAUGA